AUGUCUAUUCUAGCAAGAGUCGUCACUGGCUUUGGAAGCUCGGGGAUGCUAGAUUUAUCCUCCGUGCUCUUGAAUGAUAUUGGUGGCCCAUUCGGAGUGGCGAUUCUACGAAGCUAUUUCAUGACUGUAACGAUGAUUGGAUUUAGCGUCGGAGGGGCCCUCGGAGGAUUCCUGGCGACGUUGGUAGGAUGGAGAUGGUCAUUCCUCCUCCAUGUACCGAUUGUCUUGCUUUGCGCUCUUGUCACUGUCUGCCAGCUUCCAAAGGAUGCACCUCAGGACCCACAGUCCGCCGUACUUGAUGACAACCAGGAGAGACAAGAAGAAAAAACCCCCGGUGCUGGAAACCUGGACGUAUUAGGCAUCAUGUUCCUCGUGUGUGCAAUCGUAUCAGCCCUGAUGAUGGUGCAAGUACUACAAGGUGAUAUAUUCCCAGAAAAGAGACUGUACAUUAGCACAGGUCUUGGAGCUGCUAGCUUGUUGCUCGCGGGUGUCUUCUGUGCGCACGAGGUUCAUUGGGCCAAAAGACCCCUGAUUCCAUUAUCUUUCAUGAUGUCCAGCCAAACCGGCAUUAUGGGACUGAUCCUGUGCAUCGUGAGCUACGCCAUGAUUGCAAUCCGAUGGUGUUUCUUCAACCCGUCAAUCUUGGAACUAGUCUAUCCCUUCUGCUGUGGAGUAGGACUAGGCAUACUCUUCUCCACCCAGUUCGUGGCAUUAUCCGCUCACUCGCCCCAGGCCUACACAGCGAGAUUGAUCACGACGUAUUAUCUGAUGCAGCAAAUUGGGUCUGUUAUGGGUGUAUCGGUUACAUCCUGGCUCAUUCGAAGUAGUUUUGCGAAUGGCCUGGAAAAUGAGUUUGGAGUAACUCCAGAGGGAAUGAGAGUGAGUGAACUAUGUCCCCAGAAGCCUUUCCAUUUCAUGAGCUGA